AGCCGGAAAAGGACGUGGCAAGCGAACAGUUUACUUCCUGUAAUAUGCUGCUGUGUUGACAUCACGAAUAAUCAAAAUAAUUCCCAAACGGAUAUCAACCCGGAUCUCUUUGAAACAGCUGAGGUUGGUGCGAGGAACACACGGGAGGAGUACAUGAGGAGCGCACAGGGAGAUGACGCCUGGGCUUGUGUUGGUGAUGUUUGGUGGACUUCUGGAGCUCUGCAUCGGCGUCAUAGCACACGGAGACGGCCAGCCCUCCUUCACUGAUGAAAUUCCUUUUAAAAUUACAUGGCCUGGUGCUGAAUUCACACUGCCCACUUCGGGGGGACUUUACAAUGAAGACAACUUUGUCAUUAUGACCACUGUAGAGAAGGAGAAGUACAAAUGCCUCCUACCUUCGCUGACCUCUGGAGAAGAGGAUGAUGACAAGGAGUACAGUGGACCAAGCCCAUCUGAAUUUCUGGAGCCUCUGUUCAAACGAAGCAGCUGCUCGUACAGAAUUGAAUCCUACUGGACCUAUGAAGUAUGCCAUGGAAAACAUGUAAGACAGUAUCAUGAAGAGAAGGAGACUGGUCAGAAAAUAAGUGUUCAGGAGUACUUCUUGGGAAAUUUAGCAGGGAAGAGAAAAAGUAAAGAAAUGGCGGAAGUUGAAGAGACAGACACAACCCCAUCAGCAUCCGAAACAGAAGUGCCGUCUAAGAAUAUAGAAGGUCAGCUGACUCCAUAUUACUCACUGGAGAUGGGAAACGGCACACCUUGUGAGCUGAAGCAGAACGAGCCGCGCUCCACCUCCGUGCUGUACGUGUGUCACCCGGAGGCCAAGCAUGAGAUCCUGUCGAUCGCCGAGGUCACCACCUGCGAAUAUGAGGUGGUGGUGCUGACCCCUUUGCUUUGUGCACACCCGAAAUACAGGUUCAAAUCGUCCCCAGUUAACGCCAUCUUCUGCCAGGCGCUCGCCGGCUCACCGCUGCGACCUCAGCGACUCGCCCAGAUGGAUAAGAAGCAAGAGGAGCAGCUCAAGCCUCCUUUCAGCACCACUGCAGAGCACAGAGAGGAGGAAGCUACACCAACAAGAGGGGGAGCCUUCACUCCCACACACCAACCAGUUCUGGUGGACGAGCACGCCCAGCUGGCUAUAGGCACCACUCACAUAUCACGGCUGACAGAUGAGCAGCUCGUCAAGGACUUCCUUAGCGGCUCCUACUGUUUACACGGGGGGGUCGGAUGGUGGAAAUACGAAUUCUGUUAUGGAAAACACGUCCAUCAGUACCAUGAGGAUAAGGAGCAAGCCAAGAACAUUGUGGUAGUUGGGAACUGGAAUGCCGAGGAACACAUCGAGUGGUCCAAGAAGAACGUUGCUCGAUCUUACCAGUUAAAAGACAGUGGAGUGCAGAAAGUCAAGCUGGUCUCCCAUUUCUACAGCCAUGGCGACGUGUGUGAUCUGACUGGAAAACCUCGCCAAGUCGUUGUCAAAUUAAAAUGUAAAGAGUCUGAGUCUCCCCAUGCGGUCACUGUCUAUAUGCUAGAACCUCAGACUUGUCAAUACAUCCUCGGGGUUGAAUCUUCAGUCAUUUGCAGCAUUCUUGACUCAGCAGAUGAACAAGGACUUCUGUCCAUUUCAAGCUAAACGACCCAAAGAUGAGAACAACAGGACAAGUUCAAGUGAUACAGCGGCGAAAGAGAUGACGUGCUGACAAAUCGUCAUGAUGCAACACUUAUGACAAACAAAGGUUCAAAUUGUGGUGAUCUUAAGGCUGGACUUGAGGUUGCUGAGGAGCAGCAGAGACGAUCCAGAUGUCCUGAUCUGAGCAGUGGAUCAAAUCACAUGACUGCCUCACCCAGCCAGGUUGUAGCUUCAAUAAAUUACUUUAGGAGAAUAGAUUUACUCUUCAAAUUUCAUAUCUGCUUCAAAGGUUUUAUAAUAUACAAGAUCAUGAUUCACUGUGUGUGCUGGAGGAAAGAUCGCAAAUGGUUGCCGGAUACUUUGUGCUAGUAUUCUUUUUUAAUAUUUUUUUGCAAAAGUGAGAAGGUGUGCUUUAUUCAUGAUAUGAAGGGUGAUUGUAACUUAUGCAUCAGUGAGUGUUUUGAAAUGACAAAUGCAAGUUUGAUUAAAAUUUCUUUGUCACUUUA